CCAACCAGGGCCGGGGACAAACUGCAACCGAGCAUUUUAUGACUGUUUUUACUUAACUGAACAUUGAUAUCUCGACAAGCAUGGAGGUGAGAUUAGAAGUUUUGACAUCAACAAGUAUCAAGCAGAAAAGACCCUGGCCACGAGUCUCCUGGUUAGGACAGGAAAACGAAGCUGUUUUCCUAUUGGAUGAUAAACUCAUAAAUGAAAUUAAUUUGCUCUCAGGAAGGACAAAGAAGAAAAUUUCUCGACUGCAGCCUUUGCUGAAGGAUGUUGUUGUCCUGACAACGUCCAGUAAUGAUGCAUGGCUGGCUGGGGUACUUACUACAGGAGAGCUUUUCCUUUGGAACAAAGAUCAAGAUUGUCUGAAAACUAUACAAGCAACUGAAAAGCCUAAGGAAAUGAUUAAAGCUGUAGUUGCAAGCUCAUUGAGACUCUAUUUGUAUGUAUCUGGAGAUGGAAAAAGGGUUCUGAUUAUAACUUCUGGAUGCAUAUUUCUUUGGGAGUAUUUGGAAUUCAAGAAUAUCUUAUCUUCUAAAAACCCUUCAUUGACGGGCCGGUGGUCCCAGAUCCUACCUGAAGAAGCAGUUCAUUUGCCUUCCACUGAAGAUAAAGAAGCUGUAGUGCAUGCGGUUUUUAUAAAAAAUGAGUUGUUUGGAGACUGCUGCUUGUGUUCAUUUACUUUUUAUUCUGGGGAAUGUCUGAAGUUGGCAUUUCUAGCAGUUCGGUGGCAUGAAAAUGUAUUUACAGUUAUGAGAUCACUGCCAUACAGUGUUCAUUGGGCACAGCAAGAUUGCCUUCUGUGUAGUCUAACUCCUGCAUGUGAAUCAAUAAAGUCAAGAGGAGCUCUGAUUUCUGCCUUUUCGAGUGAUGGCCUCACCUUGGCAGUAACUCUUAAUCAGAAAGACCCAAAGGCAACUCAGGUAUUAUUUAUAAACACACUGAAUUUUGUUACUCUCAGUGGUUGCCUUAAAGGAUGUAGCAAUAAGAAUCCUGUUGUUCCAGCUACACUUGUCAGGUCGUACUGGGUAGGUGAUAUCAGCUGGACUCAUGACAGUCUUUUUCUGGCAUGUAUGUUAAAACGUGGCUCCCUGGUUUUAUUGACAUGCCAAGGUGAAUUGCUAACAUUAAUUACACGUGGUUGCUCUAUAGAAUUUGGGCCAGCAGAAUUUAUUCCUCUUCACCCACUGAUUACGUAUAGACCACCGCAGUUUACGUUUCAAGAUUCAAAUAAUUCUGUAGAUUCAUCAGCGUCUGAUAGUGACCCUCUGAGACAGAGAUUUUCUGUGAAAGCACACUCACGGUUACCCUACCUCAUUGUUUCUGAUGGCUACAUGGUUACAACCCUCCGAUUUCUUGAUAGCUUGUCUCCAUCAGUGCUCAUGAGAUCCCUUCUGCUUGAUUCAACGCAGAGGCUUGAGAGAACAUACCAAAGUGUGAUACUGUCUAAGCCAAAAGGCAAAGGGCUGAACUUGCCGUCGUUGGAUUCCCUAAGGUCGAGCCUGUUAAAAUACCAACGAAACGAAUGUUCAGCCGAUUCUACUGUCCCCAGAUUCUUGCAGGGGGAAGAAACAAUGAAGUUACAUGAAAAAACAGCAGAUUCGCAGGAUUUUGAAACAGAAGAAACUAACGAAAGCACAUACUUUCCAAACAGCUUAUUGUCUUUUUGGAACCAAAAGAAUGACCCAUUGUUUAGUAGUGCCAAGGAGGGAAGACUGGAAUUUGCGUCUAUGUUUGAUACGAUACAUGCAAAGGAGAGCACCAAGGAGACGGACAGAACCAGUACAGAACUGCAUUCUGUCCAGAAAAAUCUCCUUGCAGCAUGGACUAUAGGAAUUUCAAAAAACGUGACGGAAAAAAAUUUAAUGUUAAAUUACACAGUAGUUUGUAUUACUCAUUUUUUGUACAUUCUUCAGUUUAUAAAAUGUCCUUUCCCCAAACUUGAUCUUUCUUUAAGCAAGAGACCAAGACACGAUGCGUGGGUUCUUUGUGUCUUUCAACUCUUUCGUCACUGCUUAUCAGUCCAGUACUGGGAUGUGAGGUGCAGACCAGACCUGAGGCACUUGGUGAAGCUGACCUCAGGUGCUAUGAAACUUUUUUUGACUCAGCAACAACAGGGUCAGUGGUUCUCAGAGAGGCUUUUAGCCUGUUUUCAUUUACUCCGGAUGGCAGCUGAUAAUUUAAAUGGCAUAUAUCAUCUUCAACCUGAAGUUAUUUCAGCAUCAACUAAUGGAAAUAGAACAGCAAAUCAAGACUCAUUGUUGGUACCCAUUUUUCAAAUAUUUCAAGAUAGUGGUUCUCAGGAAAACUGGUCUUGGAAUUCAUCUUUCAAGAUUUGUCCUCAAGUAGUAAAUCUUGUUCAACAGUCAGGACACAGAUUGAUGGUUCUCUGGAGAGUGCUGUACAAAAAAACGUUAUGGUAUCAGACACAGUUAAAUCGAAGAGUUCCUAAAGGUGACAGACAGUUAACUGCAAAGUUGACACAUGAAGCGUCUACUGUCCAGUCCCUGUUAUGUCACAUCCAGGCUAACUUACAGACUGCCGGAGUCUGCUUGAACCAGACCUUAGAGCUCAAUUCUAUCAACGGUGAAGAGUGUUUCCUGUUAGGAUCAUAUGAAAAGUCGGUUCAACUGUGGAAGGAAGCUCUACAAGAAACCCGAGAGAAUGGAGGAAGAAGGACCUGUUUUCUUCAGAUACGCUAUUACCUUUCUCUUUUGUACUGCCACUUGUAUAGCUAUAAUUUAAACGAUGCUCAAGGAUUGUGUGAUCAGCUAGUAAGAGAAAUACUGAGAUGGUCCCACCUACCUGUAAAAGAAGAUGACGAUAGUUCAGUUCCUGAGCUGGGAGCGACUGGACGUGUUCACCCAGAGGCGGCGGUGAGGGUCAUCCAGUCCAUGGCCCGGUUCAUGGCCGCCUAUUUCACCAACCAGCGGCUCUGCAUUUUGCCACCUCACAGUGUGAAUGUUCUUCCUCCCCUUCAUAUUAAAACAGAGCAGUCCCUUCGGCUUAUUCCUCUGCAACACGCUAAGGUGGCCAGUGUUGUGAGGGAUCAGAAUCUUUCCGACGUCUGGACGGUGGAAUAUGCCCUUGAGUUGUUAUUAAUUGGUGGCCUCGUUCCGGAAGCUGUGUGGUUGGCACAUAAACUGGGAGACUGGAAGACCUCUGUUUCGAUGGGCGUGGCCUUCCAGCUGUCCUGCAAACUAGACAGCAGUUUUGCAAGGUUCAAGAAGAAGGGUCAGAAUCUGCCCUUCAAUCUGACUCCAGCACAGAUUUUCCAGGAAAAGCUCCAGGGUCUCCUAGGUCAGCCAGCCUCUGUGGAAGCCAAAAGCGAAGUGGGCUCGAAACACAAGCAGUUUACAGAUCCCAUGGAAGAGGAAGAUGCGAGUCUGCUGCUGGGGGCGGUGCAGGAGGUGCUGAAGGCGGCGGCCAUGGCUGAGGUGGACGUCCUCUCCGAGACCCUGCAGCUUCUCCUGGGCUCUGCCAAGGCCUUCAGUCAGAGGCUCUGGGGCUUGGUGCCUGCCGGCUUGUACCUUCCAGCUCCGCCCUUAUACUGUCCUCAGCCAGCGGUUCUCAGUGAAGAAGAUGGUGAUGAUCUUCUUUUGAAAGCUGAGAAAGACAGUCGCCAGAAGGUGUCGGGAAUCCUUCAGCGUCUCCUCCUGCUGUUCCAAGCUGCGCGCUGCUCCUUCCCGGUCGCGCAGUGGUACAUCCUGCAGUUGAGGUGGACCAGGAAAGUCAUGCAGAAGAUCCGAAUGAAAGGGUCCCUCCCGUCUUUGAGUCCUUUCCCUCAGUCAUUACUUAAUUACUGUAUAGGAGGCGUAGCAUUUUUUCGACCUGGAGCAACUGGAGACAACAAGCUUGAUGAAGUUUCCAUCAAAGCCAUAGGGUGCUUCAGAGAACUUUGUGCUUUGUGCUGGAUGCUGCACGUCCGUGAUAAGUUAUCCUAUAGUUGCAGGCAGUAUCAGAAAGCAAGAGAAAAAGUGGAGGGGAAGAAGGACCUGGGAGCGGAGUGUGACCCCUGUGUGGCCGAGCACUGUCUCAGCGCGGCGGAGUGGGCUCGCAGGAUGCUGCCCUUCUCUCGGUUCUCCGAUGUGGAGGAACUCAUUCAGGAUCUCAUUUUGAGCCUUAUUGGGGAACUGCCACCAGUCAGAAAGGCAGCAGAAAUGUUUGUGAAAGCAUUUCCUAAUCCUGAGGACAUCAGGGUUCCGUUGAGAGAAAAAUACCACUCUCUUCAGCAGAGACUCAGACACUGUGUUGUGAAAGGUCCCCAGUCUGAGGAAAUGAUGUCUGUUGUCAUGCAUUCUAUCCACAAAGUGAGGGUCAAAGCCCUGAAGCGUGUGCAGAGGAACAUCGGUUCUUUUGAGAUGAAUAUAUGGGAACCAGUAGAGGAAGAAAAGCCAGCUGAGGGUCCAGGUUUUGACAGGUUUUCCCUGGGGACGAGUCUGAGCAGGAGCACACUCACAGACCUGGGGACUUCCCUGGUCCACAGCGAUGCUGACUCCGUCUCUGAGGCUUUGUCUGUUGAAGAAAAAAGGAGGACACAUUUCUACCAAAGUAGAAAUGCUGUAAAUCACAUGGAAUUUACAUCGAUUGCUAAGCCCAAUGAUGCAAAGAACACAGGUGGUCAGAAAGAAAGCCCUAAAAGAAAAGGUCACGAAGAGUCAUCACAAAAUGCGCUGCCUGUGAUAGGUGUGUGGGAAUUUGAACGUGAUGAUGACGAAUAUAUGAAGUUCCUGGAACUCUUCUUGAGUUACGUUCUUGAAAGAGACUUGCUUGGUUCCAAGGAUCCCGGCGUUCCGUUCCUCACGAGCUUUUCUGGGCACCUUAGGGAACAAGAACUGAACCCUUUACUUUCUGAUGUGCACGCGACACUGAAGCACCACCAGGGCAGACCCCGGAGCCAGAGUGUGUUCAGGGCGGGCUCCUGCUUUGUGGCUGCGCGGGAGUCACCCGAGUCUGAAGCGCCGGAAAGCCGGGCGCUGGCAGCUCCAGGACAGGCCAGUCAAGGGACCAGACCUGCUUCAGAGAACCCUUUGGACGACGUUAAUAAGAACGAGGGGAAGAGUGGGUUGUUCGGGUUGAAACGGAAGUCAGUUUACAGGAUACAGGGUGACAGUGCAGAGAAACCUUUCGUCCAGAGGUGGUCCAGCCGUAUUCCGUGGGCUCCCACGGCCAGUGGCAGUAGACGGUGCGUUUUCAGAGCGGUGCAGUGCGGCGACUUGAACCCUCAGGAGGAGCUCCCCCCAGGGCUGAGGACUUCGCCGGGCAGCCUACGACGGCUGCUGGAGUGGAUGGUGCGGUGGGCCGACCGCAGACUGCCCGGGGCCCCCGGUCUCACUGCGCCGUCCUGGCCGUCCAGCCCCGUCAUUCGCGUGAAGACCUCUGCGGCCGCCAUCCUGACAUCGCUGUGGCUUCUGAAACAACCCUAUUUUGCUACAUAUAAGACAAAAACCGCUAUUAUUAAGGAGCGUCCGCACACUGGGCCCCAGAGUGGGCUCCACGUUAGGGGCGAGUGCAAGACGGGUGCUGGGCGCGCUGAGGCAGGAUCCAUGCAGCAGGGGCCCGAGGAAGGAGAUGCUCACAGUGAAUCUCGUCAAAGCAUCACGAAAAUGCCAACUGAAGCCAAAACUCCUGAAAUAAAAGAAACCAAUGAUGAGAUUAUUUCUGUCACUGAUGAUACUGACAUUGAUGAGGAUCUUCUAGGAGGAGAAACAUUUACACAGGAAGAAAUUAAUACAUACCUUUCAGACCAUGAAGAAGAAGCCAAAGGCCCCGUCGGAAGUCCUGAAAGUCCCAGUCGUGUCCCUUACACCCAGACGUUACCACCGCGUUUAGAAGAACAUUCCAUGGGAGAGGUUCAGUGUCCAUGGGAAGAACCAUUGGAGACAUACAUGGAGAAAAAAUCAACAGAACAGAACGGUAUGAUCGAAGCCUUUUCAAAUCCUGAACACAUCAUUCCUCAUUCAUUUUGUGUUGCCACAAGUUCAGAAAUUUCUAGUGCUCCGAUCUCUGCAUUUAAAGAGAAACCUUCCUCAGAUCCACCUUUGGUGUCAAAUGGAGUCCAUGUUGCUUCACAAACAACACCUGUGCCAGCUCCCCAGCCCACUGAGAGGCACGAACCCGGGGCACAGGUCCCAGUUUCUUCUGAUUCUGCUCGGCAGAUGCUCCAAGAUGAGAUGUUCAAACUAGUUCAGUUGCAACAGAUCAACUUUCUGAGUCUAAUGCAAAUAGUAGGGUUGUCUGUUGCUAACGUCCCAGACACACACCGAUUGGUACAGCAGUCUCAGUCCGCGCGUUCGGUGGGAAGCCACGUACCAAACCUGACCGGAGGGAGCAGUGGUGCUGAAGACACCAGGGGACAUCCGCAGGAGAGGCCGUUCGUCUCCCCACCGUCCACGGGCCAGCACACGAGAGAGCCCGGCAGGAAGGGCACGCCCUGCCACCCGGGACUCGUGCAGUCCGAGCGGAGUCGCGAUGGAAACCUACAGAAUGUCCCACACAGCAGUGUUCCCCGUCAGCCCCAGGAGAGCCGACUGCCUGCGGCAUCUGAAAGCUUACCGACCACUUCGUUUUCCCCAGCCGCUGCUGGACAUGCACACCUCCGCCCUCUGUCCACACCUGCCCUGCCCACGAUGCCGAGACUGCUCCCAGCGGCACACACGCCCAGACCUGGUGAUGGAUUUCCUUUGCUCCAGUUCCAGCCUAAGCGUGGAUUCCCGCCCCUUUCCUUCCGUGUGGAGAGGGUCCCGGCUCCCUGCAGGUGUCAGCGCCCCAGAGAGGCGUGGGGCUCAGGGGAGGCCUCCCAGCCGCCGCUGCCGCAGAGAGCCUCAGCGGCCCCUGGGCGUGGGGGCCGGCGUGACGCUGAGGCCGCAGGAAAGGCGGGUGUGAAGGUGGAAGGCCCGAAGCCCGUGGACCUGGAUCAGUGUGUUGGACAAGAAAACGUGACACCUCUGCAGGACUCUCCAGUAUUUACAAAACCAGGAAACGUGUUUGAUGUUAAGCCAGGGCCCCUUGCGUUGUCUCCUCAGAAUUCCUUUGGAUUUCCACUGUUGCACCUGCAGCUUAGACCCCACUACACGUUUUCCUCUGUCUCAAGGCCACCGGCUGCAGUUCCCGCAAUACCUGUUAGAACUGUAACAGAAGAGAGAAAAUACCCAGGACUCUCCUUACUUCCUUCAUGUCUGUCUCAGGAAAAUCUGUACAAAACCCCACAACUUAUUCCAGUUGAAAACCUCAAUGCAUUUAAACAAAGCCGACAGAAACCAGCACGUGAGCUGUUCGGACGAGGCAAUCCUGGGCACCUUCAGCUUGUACAGAGCAAAACAGAGCCUCCUGAAGUCGGACCAGGAAGGGACAGCAAGAAAAGGCGAAGCCGGCGAGCCAAGAAAGAGCUGCAGGAAGGGCGACUGGAGAAACCCAGCGAGACUCUCCAGCCCCAGGGCGCGGUCACCAGCGCCAGCGCCGCCGAAGUAGCUGCGAAACCCACGGAGCAACGAGAACAUCGCGGUCCCCAGCCUUUGGAUGACUUUGAAGUUCCUCUCGAAAUGCUGCAAGGCGAUGUUGAUACUUCAGCUGGACUGCAUUUCAUGGCCUCUGUGAGAAAGAAAGCUAUAGAACGUCAGGACGCAAGUACAAAUACAGACCCAGCUCCUAAUUGGCCAGAAGAUAAAGAAGCUGCUUCUCAAGAAGUUGUUUCUGAGUGUCGUAAAAAUCAACAAGCUAUUUCCUCCACACCAGAAUGUGAACCUUUGACUGUCCCUCAGCUGUUGGCUCCAGAUAUAUGUCUAAGUCCCAGGCUCCCCCCUGAAAAAGCAGAGAGGCCUUGGUCACCUUUGGCAUCUGAUACGGUGGGACACACUUACAUCGCCGUGGUUGACAUCGAAGCCGAGGACCCGCAGGAGUGGCCUGUGGGAGAGCCUUCGGGCGACCGCGCCCUCGGGUGGCAGGCAGCAGCCCCGCCUUCGGCAGAGUCACACCACGCGGCAGCCUCAGUGACCAGUGCCCUUCCCCUCUGCAGUUUUAGGGGUCAAGAAUCUGCCAGUGCAGCAGCGGCCUUAUUUCUGAAGCCCGCGGAAGUGCCCCGGUCCUGUGUGGAUGGGGGAAGCUGGAGAGGAGGCAUCACGGGAGGGAAGGAGCCUGGUGCCAGCUCACCUUCGUCAUCAGACAGCGCGCGGGACAGAGACGUGCCAAAGCCAGAUUUUCAGCUCCGAGAGCGGUGCUCACAGCCCAAUGCCGAUGCCGCAGGAGAGGGUAGGCUGCGGGAUUACUUGCUGCAGGAGCUGCUGCAGGGCGUCUCUGCGCCGGGCCCCACGCCCAGCCCUGCAGCCUGCCGGCUGGAGCACCUCACCUCUCAGCUCCGGAAGAUCGACGCGCAGCUGCUGGCGAUACAGAGCAUUGCCGACCACAUCGAGCAGGACUUCCCCAGGCACGGAUGGGCACCCCUGCACUGUGAUACGGUUGACUCUGUGGAUCACACCCAAUUGUCUCUGGGCCCUGAAUCCGAAAAAACACCGGCUUCAGAAACCAUCACCGUCUCCCAAGGAGACUCUGGACUAGUGCAUUUCCUGACUCCUACGAAUAAGGAAGAUCAAAGUGACAAAGAACAGAUGUUCGAGGCUGAAUUUUCAGUUACAGAAAGUCAUUCUCGUAGGGAAACUUGUGUGUUUCCUUCUGCCGAUUCAGCGCUUAGCCUCUCCAGUGACCAGAAUACAAGUUUUCCUGGGGUGAAUAACAGUGAUGAGUUAUAUGAGAGCUUUUCAGUAGAUGCACUCCAGAUGACUGGGUUGACGGAUAUCGCAGAUAUUAUUGAAGACCUUAUCACAAAAGAUGGAGUUUCCAGUGAAGAGCUGGGCUUAACAGAACAACAAGCGAGGUGUAUCUCCAGGACCCAGCCUUCUUCCGACCGACGUCCCCGGAGGACUGCGCAGGAGAGGAGAGAGAUUCAGGUGUGGAUGAAGAGGAAGCGGAAGGCGCGCACGGCCGAGUACUUGCGUCAGCUGGCGGAGAGGAGAGGGCAGGAGCACGACCCCUUCCGCCCCAGGAGCAAAGCCUUCUACCUGACUUCAAGGGAAAUCAGGCUGAGACAAAAGCGGAAGCACGAAAAGGACAGAUUGCUACUCUCUGACCACUACAGCCGUCGACUCUCACAAGCACACAGUCUGAUGAAUGAACUGUUGUCUGAGUCCGCACAGCUACCAGCAGCGACGCAGAAACCACCGCCUCCCAAGCCCAGACCCGCGCGCACUGCCAGACUGCCCGGCUCCCUUUCUCCGGGAAGAGAGACUCGACACGGUCACAACUUCCCAAUAAAUCGACCUGGAAAAGUCAGAUAUACAUCCAAACCAAGUUAUAUCCCAAAAGGAAAACCUUUUGGACAACUUCAAGGCUCACCUUGGCCACAUGGCCCUACUGCCCCGCGGCGGCGUCUGCAGCACACAGAGCACGGGCGUGCUGGGCGUGCACCCCAGAGCAAGCAGGCGUGUGCAGAGCACGAGAGAGAGGAGACUGUGGUGAGCCCCUGGCUGGUGCCCUCCGACAUCCGCACGAUUCUGCACAGAUGUCAGAGCCCCCUUCUGCAGGACUUGCCACCACCUGGAGCGGAGCCAGAGCGCCGAGCCGGGCGGGGGGGCACGGACAGUGUGUCUGGGAGCACUGGCAGCACCCUCAGCAAGCUCGACUGGAAGGCCAUCGAAGACAUGGUCGCCGGCGUGGAAGACAACAGCCUGUCUGUCCACUGGGCCCUGGAUCUGUGAGGCCUAAACAUCAUUCUGUUUUUAGGGCCGGCACCUCAACGACGUAAUCCUGAGAUGGGUGGGUUUAAUGAGUGAGUUCACCACCUGGACAAGCCAUUUCAGGAGGGAAAAUAAACAUUUCUCAAUAACUUUGCCUUCAUGGGAAAGGGUUCUUUAA